AUGGCUUCUGGUUUAGUAACAAAAGAAAUUGAAUCUCGUAUUAAACAAUCUCCUGAACACCUUUUUGAAGUUUUUCUUGAAAUUCAUCAACCGAUCAAUAACGAGCCACCUGCAAUUUUAAUUCAAUAUCCAAAUGAUUUCUCAGAUCAAAUACUCAAAACAGCAGCUAAUUUUGCAUAUCCAUGUCAAAUACCAUCUGAUGAUCAAAGUGAAUAUUUUACAUUUGUUGUUCUUGAUUCAACAAGUUUAAUUUUCCGUUUUGGAUAUUGUCGUCGAUCUAAUCGAGAAUCUACUUGUUUAUGCAUACUCAGUUAUUAUCCAUGGUUUGAGAUAUUUUGUAACAUUCUUAAUGAUUUAUCACAAAUAAUUAACACACAAUCAGUCGCAGAAGUUGAAGCAUUUUUAUCAUCAUUGUAUAAUUAUAAAUUAAUGUCAAUUGAAGAGUUCUACAAAAAUGGAGCAAAAGAAAUUAUUGAGAUUACUAAUCUUUCAAAAAUUCAUAGUUAUCCUCGACCUGAUCAACGUAAACUUCCAUCAAUAUCAUCUAAUAGCAAUUUUACAAUAAUGUUUUCUCGAUUGGGUCCAGAUACGAUUUUACGUCUUUUUGCACAUCUAAUUUUUGAGAGAAGAAUUUUAUUUAUCUCAUCAAAACUUUCUCAUUUAACUGCAUGUACUUGUGGAUGUUUACAUUUAAUUAAUCCAAUGCAUUGGCAAAGUAUUUUUUUGCCAAUUCUUCCCGAAUCUAUGACAUGGACAGCACAAUGUACAGCACCAUAUAUUAUUGGAAUACAUUCAAGUAUUUAUUCGAGAAUGAAUAAAAAGGAGUUAGGUGAUGUAGUAAUAGUAAAUAUUGAUGAUAGAAGAAUUGAAUCUCAAUAUGAUGAUGUAAAUUUAUUUCCUAAACAUUUGAUACGUAAUAUGAAAAAAGAUAUUCAACAAUCAUCGCAAUUUAUUGAAGAUCACUUAGCAAGAAUUUUUCUUCGAGCUAUGGCAUUUAUUUUUGGAAAUUAUGCAAGUGGAUUUGUAAUAAUAAAUGAACAAUUAGAUUUUGAUAGAAAUGUUUACUUGAGACAAUAUCUUAAAUCUGACUUGUAUACGUUUAUGUCUUCCGUCGUUAAUACACAAAUAUUUGAACAAUUUUCUCGGCAUCGAACUUAUCUACAACGUCAUCCUGAUAUUGAUAUUGAUGAAUUUGAUAUUGAAGUAAAAAAUUUUGAACAAAGCAAACAAUUAAAAACAACUACUAAUCCUCUUAUUGAACAAAUACAAACUAUAGCUGCAAAGUUACAACCUGUGAUAAAUAAACCUGAAGAACGAGUUACGAAUGAAAGUUCAUCCGUAAAAGCUCACUUCAUGUCAUUUGAUAUAAACAAUACUAUUCAACGAAAAACUGACGAUAUAGUCGAAACAAAUCAUCAAACAGUUCAACAGUCAAACCCAUCAAAUUAUUCAAGUGAUAAAUCACCUUCAUUAUUUCAUUAUUCAACUCCUAAAUUUUAUCAAGAUAAAACCAAUCAAUUAAUUGAUUUUAAUAUUGAUGAAAAUCCAUUAUUACCACGUCCUAUGGAAUUAAAUAUAAAUAAAACACCUGAAACUCCUCGUUCAACAACAUUACAAAUAAAUUCAAAAAUAAAACAAUUACAAAAUGAACUUCAGUAUAAAGUUCAAACAUUUAAUAAUAAACCUAUUGAUCCACAUCAUGAAUACAAUGAAGAACAAAAAGAAAUCAAUAAACUUAUUGAACAAUUCGAUCCACUUAAUAAUUCAAACAAUGUAAAUCAAAUAAAGUCAAUGACAUUUCAUUCAGAUAUGAAUAGAUCUGAUCGUCACCCAUCGAUUUCUGAAACAAUACCAACAAAUUAUGUGAAUAAUAUGCUGAAAAAUAUUCAAUCAAAUUAUGAAAUCAAUACUCAACUGAAUUCAAAGCCUAAUAAUCCUGCUCAACAAAAUUCUUAUUCUUCAUCAGAGACGAACGGAUCAAAUUUAAUUGAUUUUGAUUAA